GGAGAAAGGGGAGGGGAAUUGACAUUAAAGAAACACUACACAAGGAAACUACACUGCAGACACACACGCCUUCAUUUUAUGGUUUUGAAUAACAGCCUGGUGGCGAGUGUCCGCUCAGAAGUGUUACAUUAACACCGCUGAACUCAAGUGGCGGAAAGAAAGACAUCGCAUCAGUCUGUGGAGCAGUCUCAGGGCAAAGCGUUUCCGACGAGUAUCGCGAAAUGGGCUCUGAGCCACCCUCAUCUCCUCAGGUGGUCGAGGAAGGAGCGGAUGAAGAGGAUGAGGAGUUGAGUGGGGCUGAAGAUGCAGACCUCAGGGCCUCCUCUGGGAGGGGUUCCCUCCUGACCAGGAGAGGCAUCACACUGAGGGUCCUCUUAAAGGACGGGCUUGUGGAGCCUGGAGACGGCAUUCUGUCCAUACACUACCUGGGUAAAACGUUUGUUGGAGAUCUUUUGAAUGAUGGGAAGAUUCGUUGGGUGGAGACUGGGCAGAUCUUUAACUCUCCAAGCGCUUGGGCAACACACUGCAAGCGUCUGGUGAACCCAGCCAAGAAGUCUGGCUGUGGCUGGGCCUCGGUGCGCUACCGGGGACAGAAACUGGUCCAGUACAAAACCACCUGGCUACACAAAUACCAGCCCAGUGCUGACAUGAGUCUGAUAAGUGAAGGAGAAGAUGAUGAGAUGGGAGAUGAUGACGAAGAGGAAGGGAAAACGACCAUGCUAGUAGAGGACAAGAAUAAAAAGUCCAAACCUGAGCUGCACGACAUUGGCCUGAUGCAGAGGAGAGACAGAGAAAGAAUUCCAGUCAGGUAUUGCACUCUUGGCACUAGAGAUGCUGCAAGGGAUCCUCACACUCUCGUAGAACUGUCUGCCUUUUCUGCGAUCAACCGCUUCCAGCCUUUUAAUGUAGCAGUGUCCAGCAAUGUUCUGCUGCUAAUGGAUUUUCACUGUCACCUGACCACAAGUGAGGUGGUGGGGUAUUUAGGGGGCCGAUGGGACACUAACACCCAGUUGCUUACAGUCUUGAGGGCGUUCCCUUGCCGUACGCGGCUGGCAGAUAAAGACGCCGCUCCAGCUGUUGAAGAAGAGAUUUGCCAAAAUCUCUUCAUGCGGGGGCUGUCAUUGGUGGGAUGGUAUCACAGUCACCCACGAGGCCCCGCCCUUCCGUCUCUGCAGGACAUAGAUUCACAGAUGGAUCACCAGCUCCGCCUACAAGGCAGCAGUAAUGGCUUCCAGCCCUGUCUGGGGAUUAUCUGUGGACCCUAUUACCAUGGCAACCAAGGUGUGGCCUCCACCAUCACACCAUUCUGGGUAGUUCCCCCUCCUGAGCAACGACCCAAUGAUUACGGCAUCCCAGUGGCGGUAGAGGUCACAUACGUGCAAGACAACUUCCUCACUACAGACGUACUCAAUGAGAUGAUGCUGUUGGUGGAGUUUUAUCGGUCUGCUCCUGACCUUGUGCAGUUCAGUCAGAUGUGGAGUCCUAAUACCUCAAUACUCGACAAAAUCAAGGCUUCUCUGAGUGGCCACGCACCCAAAGACCAGGCGUACGCACAGAUCCUGGAGCACGUGUACAACCAGCUGCGCAGCACUCAGUGACUGGAGCAGUUUACGUCUGAGCAUUUGUGUUACGCUGUAGAACUGUUGACUUGGGACCUCCCGCCCUGUGCAUUACCCGUCUGUGCACUGUUAUAUUGUAUAUAAAAAUGCCUUCAUGGAGGAUAUAUCAUACAGUAUAUGCUUCCGUCCAAACUGUUGCCUUUAGGACUGUUAGGUCUGUAUCACUGGCUGUGGUUUAUACGAUUCUGCCAUCUGUGCUGUGAAACUUGUCUUCCUCUGUGGUAGAAACAUUUGGUGGGUAGUUAGGAAAGAGAAGAAGAUGGGUAAUUGAGUUCUCUCUCUCUCUCUCUUUUAGCUAGUAUUUAUCUGUUUGUGUGGUUAGAUUUGUGCCAUGUUGACUACGCAAUAUGGGAACAAUGCCUUUUACCUGCUGAAUACCUUAAAAUAUACACUGGAACAAAUGAAAUGUGCCGAUUCCGUUUGCUUCUGGCUUCUAACCUCGUAACAAUGUUUUUCUUACCAUACAAUUAAAGAAACAGUUCAUACUCA